CGAACAACGUAGGGAGCGCCUCUGUUUGAAUGCUCUGCGGAAACAGGCAGCCUUACAAACGACUUGACGAGCGAAACGUAGCACAAUGCGGUUAGCUAGCUCGGUAAUUAAACAGUAAAAAGUACGUUUUUUAGGCGAGUUCUAAAGUCUUUUUUUAAGUCGUGUGACACAGAGAGGUUCUUUCGUGUUUUCCGCGUGAGGGUUUUUAAUGAGCGAAUGCGAGUCGUUAACUUAGCUGGCUAACGUUAGCUAGCUAACUGCAUUGCAGCCUAAGCCAGUACUGUCACGUUUGUCGAGUCGUUUACAUCUCUAUGGGACUUAGCAACUUUGUUGCUUUUAAUAUUGAGGGGGAAGUCGGCUGUUGUUUGUGAAGGUCCAGGCGUCUUGCGAGCAGUUAGCGUGAGGAUGACUUAGCAGAAGUUUGGAGAAAGUGAAGCUGGAAAAGGUCGUUUGGAGGUACAGGAUAGAAGUGUAAAAUGAAAGUCAUGGAGAAAAAUGUGAUGCGUUUAGUGGCUGUGCAGCAUCUGCGCACAGCGUACGGGAUAAAGACAAAGAACUGGAACAAAAACAAAACAGCCAGCUGCAAGUCUGCAGCCAGCAGCUCGACAAAAGUUUUUGGGGUGUCCCUGGAGAACUUACCGUACUAUAAUAUGGAAUGUGGGAGCGUGCCAAGCUUUCUGGUCGACGCAUGCAUGAAACUGCUGGCACACGUCGACACUGAGGGCCUGUUCAGAAAAUCUGGCUCUGUCAUUCGCCUGAAAGCGCUCAGGGCAAAACUAGACGCUGGUGAGGAGUGCCUGUCCACCGCACUCCCCUGUGAUGUGGCCGGUCUAGUGAAGCAGUUCUUCAGGGAGCUGCCGGAGCCGGUGCUGACCACAGAGCUGCAGGAUGCCUUUCUCAAGGCCCAGCAGCUCCCCACAGCGGAGGACAGGAUGUCUGCCACCAUGCUGCUGUCCUGUGUGCUGCCGGACAGAAACCUGACCGCCCUGCGUCACUUUUUUGACUUCCUCAACAACGUGUCCAAAAGGAGCUCAGAAAAUAAGAUGGACAGCAGUAAUUUGUCUGUAAUCUUGGCCCCAAACCUCCUUCACUUUGGAGAAGCUACAGAGAAGAUGAAUGCCAACACUGAGAGGCGCCUCAAGCUGCAGGCAGCCGUAGUGCACUGCUUCAUAGAGAAUGCCCACAGCUUUGGUGUGCUGCCACCAUUUCUUCAAGAAAAAAUUCCAGCCAUGAUGGGCUGUGAAGGGGGCGUUCUGUCCCCUAUUCAUGAUGAACUUGAGGAGCUGGACUUGCACUCAGGGAUGAAGAAGAGACACAGACGCAGCUUCGGAGUCUUUUCCUCCGCAACUCCUGUGAUUGCAACGCCUUCCUCAAAACGAAAGCUUCCUCUGGAAUCUGGUCACUCUUUUGGAUUCUCAAACAAGAAACGUAGAUCGGUCAAAAAGACCCUCGGGAUUGAUUUACUUCCCAAUUCUUUGUUCAGCAGCACUUCCACUCCUGGAUCAGCUUACAGUGCUUCAGGGGUGUUGGAGUCUUCCCAGAAUAUCAUGUCACCAGCAGGCAGGUCUAGAAGGCAAUCGGCUACAUCUGUGAGGAGGAAGAGUCGACGACUCAGCAACAGACAUGCUGUCAACAGAGUUGAAUCUGGGAAGGCUGGCUGCUUUUCUCCCAAAGUUGGCAAAAAAGAAGCACCACGCAAAUCUCUGCGCUUACGUUUUAGCCUGGGGAAGAGCAGCAAAGAAGCUGGAUCUGAGUCCAUUGGCUGGCGACUUGCCACUCAGGAGAGCACCACCAGUUUUCGUUUCACCAAAGAGACUGAGUUCAGUCCGUCAGUUCAGCCUAGAAAGGCUGAAUCCAAAAGCUCCAAGUACAUCAGUAAGUCUGAAGACAACCUGCUGACCCCCCAGUGUGACUCCAGCGUCCACCGUACCUCGUGGUGUGGGGAGACUCCGGUAGGAGCCCAGGCUUUCGGUGGAGGAUCUUUCACAGACACGCCCAUGAACAUGUGCCUAAAGAGCAGCUACAAGUCUGAACCAGCCAUCAUUGUAUCAAAGCCCCCAGCGGUGGCCAGCCUUCCCAAGAAGCUGUGUUGCGCUUCUAGUGCUGAGAGCCUGGAGAGCGAGUGCUCCAUCAUUGAAGCCCAGAGCCUGACUGGUCCCACCCUGCUGAAAAAAAUAAAGACCCUCACAGAGUUGGGGAGUGAUCCCCAGGCUGUUAUCCAGCAGCCCUGCAGCUCUCCGGGAACAGACCAAACCAAACCAUCAGACAGCGUCUUGCUCCCUCCACCAGGGACUCCUACCGUCCUCCAGGCCUCAAGGUUACCUGCUCAGCAGAGCCUUCUGGCUAACGAUCAUAACAUUACCUUUGGCCAGAUUGAAAUUGCAGCUUUAUCACCUCUACAUAUUGAUAGUGCAAUUUUUGAGUCUGGUGUGUACUGUAGUCCAGUUGUAACGGCUGAUAAAUGUUUUCCAUGUGAAGCUCCCAGCAGUAGCCACAGCAGUUUUACUGUGGAAGAGAGUGACCGGGAGGUGGGGCAGGUGAACUGCAGCAGGUUGAUUGAAGCUCUGGACAUCCAGAGCCCAGCUCUCUUCAGAGUGGGCGUCACCUCCGGCCUGCAGUCCACUCCAUACAAGCUGGACCUAGAACUCAGAGAUGAGAUCGGUACUAUAGGUGGUGCGGUACAUGAUGAAUCGUCCCAAGAGAUCGGUACCAAAAUCCAAAACCAACAACCCCUCUCGCCACGCAGCCUGGAGACUGAGAAGCGUAGGGUGGCAGAACACAUCGAACACUUCAACAAGCUUACCCUUCAUUCACCCAGAGGCACCAAGGCUUCACACGUCCGAUCACCGCUCAAGUUCCAGCGCACCCCAGUACGCCAAACUGUCCGCAGGAUGAACUCUCUCCUGGGAGAAAGCAGGAGACCCACCAGAAAUUCAAAACUCACCACCAGUCAGAGCAGUCCAGUGGUGAAGGCAGUGAGCAUGGAGAGCGGCCUCUCCCCUCACCCACAGCUUCAGCCCUACCAGGAUGAUGCACGGGUGGGACUGUCCCACAGCGUCCAGUCCGUAAAGAGACCACCACCAGUCCCACCCAAAAAGCCAAGCACUCUGGCCCGUAAAGCGAAGGUCUGUGCUCUGGGCGACGUCACAAACAAGGUCCAACCAAAGCCCAAAAUGGCCUCCUCUGAUCCAGCAGGCGCUCAGAAGCCUCUGGUACAGCAGAUAGUGGAGAAGGACACGACCCAUUACAGAGGUUCACCUAGAAACCCUCUGAACCAAGGACGACUGAUGUCUGCCACCAAGCCUGUAGAUUUAUAAUCCCAAAUCUGCUUUGCCUUUUACGUUUCUUCGUUGCUCUGCAGUUCUGUCUGGUAUGAGGACACGACGUCAAACAUUCCCUCUUUGUUAUCCACAUUUUCAGGGGUCUUAAUUUAUUUCUAAAUUAGGUAGGUGCUGUUUGUGUCAAGUUAGAGCCUUAAUGGGAGCUUUCAUAUGCCUUAAGUUUAGAAGUGAAAUCUCGACACACAUCAGCCUGUAAGAUAAUGUUGCAUAGUGUCUAGACUGUAGUGUGCAUGCCAGGUUUUGAUUGUGAUUGAUGGUAUGACUGGAAACGCUUAGAUCAAGUCUUCUAUUUAUGCUUUUUUUUUUUAAAUAUCUAAUCCUUAGAUGUUUUUACAAAAAUGUUUACUGAAGUUGCAGCUUUGUCUCUUAUUAAAGAAUAUUUUCUUACUGUGUUGUCAUGAACAGAAGGUAAGAGGCACACCUUUUGCUGGACUUAAAAAAAAGAAAAAAGAAAGCCAAGCAGUAUUGAUCAUCUGUCUAUCUCAGUCUAUUAUUUUUAAACAGCCAGUAAAACACUUUGCCAUGUGAACCCGCUUCAGACAAAUAAAAUCAAACACUGUGCGCUGUA